AAAACGCGAUCCCCUCGUAGGUACUUAAGACAGUAAGCUUCAGUACCUCGAAGCCCUAGAUCGAAACCUAAAUUUAGCACAGCAGACGGGCUGUAUCUAUCAAGGUACAUGGGACAGUCACCCUUCCAUGUUAAUUUUCCCACCAAGUAUAAAGCCCAUCCCUGCAACUGUCACGUCACAGUCAUCGCCCCCCACCAACAUUCUGCCCCGCGAUCGGAGUUCGUACCUGCGUUGGUUCGACUCAUUGAUCUUCGUCGCGCAACAUUUGAGGACCCUGCAUCGCCUAUUGAUCUUGCAGAGACGGGCUUAUUGUGUUGAUUUCCUCUAUUAUGGAUGUUGUCAAUCACCUAGAGGGUCGCCUGCUCUUUGCUGUUCCCAAGAAGGGAAGGCUCAAUGCCGCCACCCUCAACCUUCUCGAGGGCGCCGACAUUCAAUUCCGCCGCGAGAAUCGCCUCGACAUUGCGCUCGUGAAGAAUCUACCGAUUGCACUUAUCUUCCUCCCGGCCGCCGACAUUCCAACUUUUGUUGGGCAGGGUCGUGUCGACCUCGGCAUCACAGGAUGGGAUCAGGUACAGGAGCAUGAAGCAGCAGUGCGAGCGACGACACCCGGGGGAGGAUGCGAUAUGGUGAUGGAUCUUGGCUUUGGUGGUUGCAAGUUACAAGUUCAGGUCCCAGAGAAGGGCAGAUUUGCCGCUACGAGAGACUUGAUUGGAACCACUAUUGGCACAAGCUUCGUCCAUCUCGCAGCUGAUCACUUUGCAAAGCUCGAGGCAGCUGCGGACGGCGACCCAAACGCCGAGUCAGCGACUGCUAACACACGGCAAUUGCGCACCAAGCUCAUAGAGCUCAGUGGGAGCGUGGAGGCGGCGUGUGCGCUCGGUGUUGCGGAAGGUAUCGUUGACUUGGUCGAAUCCGGCGAGACAAUGAGGGCUGCUGGCUUGAAGGCAAUCGACACCGUUGUCGAGUCCACGGCCGUGCUCAUCAAAUCCAACAAGCCUUCUAAUCCUGAGAUGGUGGAAUUGAUCGCCUCCCGAAUUCGUGGUGUUAUCACAGCACAGAGAUAUGUGCUCUGUCAGUAUAACAUUCAGCGCUCGAGCCUGUCAGAUGCGGCGAAGAUCACACCUGGCAAAAGGGCGCCUACUGUUACGUCUCUCGAUGAGGAUGGUUGGGUCGCUGUCAGCUCGAUGGUUGAGAAGAAGAAGAUCGCACUGGUGAUGGACGAUCUCGCCAAGGUUGGCGCCUCGGACAUUCUCGUGCUAGACUUGCACAAUACAAGAUAACAGUCAUGAGUAAUGGCAUAAUGGAAAGGGUGCAAGGGCGUGAAAGGCUGCGACAAUACUAGACACCCCGCAGCUGGCAUCAAUGGAGUACAUUGGGAAAGGAGCAUAUUCUCGGAUAUAUACCUCUAUAGUCAACCCCAACAGAUCUCGGCUUCCCAAUCCAUUUUCAGAGCCAAGGCUGAGUUAUCGCUACUUUAGCCUGAGCUUAUUUAAAUACGAUUAUUAUACUUUUUCUUUUUAAAUAAAUAAACUCUUUAUAUAUAUUUAAUAUAUUAUAUAUAUUUAGAUUAAUUUUAUAAUAAUUUUAUUUUAAUAUUAAUAUAUCUUUAGUUAGCCUUAGUUUAUAUUUUAAUUAUUAUUUUUAAUAUAUUAAUAAUUAUUUUUUUACUUUAUUAUUUCUUUAUUUAAUUUAUAUAUAUAGCUUAUUAAUAUUUUAGUUAUUAUUAAUACCUC